AAUUUCCGCAUUAUAUGUCUUAAUAAUUAUGAAUUAGAUCCAGCUAAUUACCUAACUCUUCCUAGUUUAACAUUUGAUGCGAUGUUAAAAUUUACAGAAGUAGAAUUGGAAUUAUUAAACAAUUAUGACAUGUAUAUGUUUAUUGAAAAAGGAAUACGUGGCGGUAUUACUAGUUGUAUAAAAAGACACGCUAUAGCAAACAAUAAAGAUUUAAAUGAUACAUUAUUUGAUUGUAAUAAACCCUCUAAUUAUUUGACAUAUAUAGAUGCAAAUAAUUUAUAUGGCUGGGCCAUGAUCAAACCUAUGCCAAAAGAUGGAUUUAGAUGGUUAACAAAUAAAGAAAUAAAAAGAUUCAAUGUACAAUCAAUAACAAAUGAUAGUCCUAUUGGAUAUAUUAUUGAAUGUAAUAUUGGUUAUCCAUCAUAUUUACACGAUUAUCAUAAUGAUUUACCAUUUCUACCUGAAAAACAAUGUCCGCCAAAUUCAAAACAAGUUAAAUUACUCACUACUCUUAAUGAUAAAGAAUAUUAUGUGUGUCAUUAUGUCAACUUAAAACAGGCACUAGAUAAUGGAUUAGUUUUAAAAAGAAUACAUCGAAUCUUACAAUUCAAUCAGAGUCCUUGGCUUAAAUCAUAUAUUUUAUUUAACACUGAAAAGAGGAAACAGUCGAAUAAUGAAUUUGAAAAAGACUUUUAUAAAUUACUUAAUAAUGCAAUGUUUGGCAAAUCAAUAGAAAAUGUUCGAGACAGACUUAAUUUAGAAUUAGUAAAUACUGAGAAAAGAUUGUCAAAAUUGAUUUCCAGACCUAAUUUUAAAAACCGAAUAGUUUAUUCAGAAAAUUUAAGCGCAGUAGAAUGUAGUAAAGAUGUUGUAUUGUUUAAUAAACCUAUUUAUAUUGGAUUUACAGUCUUAGAAUUAAGCAAAUUUCACAUGUACGAUUUUCAUUAUAACAUAAUGAAACCAUUUUAUCCAAAUAAAAUAAACUUACUUUAUAUUGAUACUGAUUCAUUUUUUUAUGAGAUAUUCACUAAAGAUUUAUAUGAAGAUUUCAAUAAUUUAAGUAUAAAAAAAUAUUUUGAUAUGUCAGAUUAUCCAAAAAAUCAUAAAUGUUAUUUUGUAGAAAAUAAAAAAAAAUUAGGCUGUUUUAAAGACGAAUGUAUGGGUAUUCCUAUAGUAGAAUUUAUCGGAUUAAGGAGCAAACUUUAUACCUACAGAACUAUGAACGAUUUGUAUUUAGAAGAAAAAAAGAUGAAAUUAAAAAAAGCUAAAGGUGUAACAAAAUCUGUAAUAAAAAAUCAUAUUAAUUUUUAUGAUUAUAAAAAUUGUUUAUUUUCAUCAUGUAACAUUAGAAAAGAAAUGAGAAUGUUUCAAUCAAAAAAACAUACUCUAAGAACAGUAACAAUAAACAAGUUGGCUCUAAAUGGAAAUGAUGAUAAAAGAUGUAUUCAAAAAGACGGAGUACACACAUUAGCGUAUGGUCACACAAAAUUGAAAAUUUAA